GUUUGACUACCAUCUGUCUGCUAUUCCGGCCCUUACUAAGGUUCAGGGGAGCAUGCACGUACUUUUGACUCAGCAAUGUAUUGCCUCAGGCUUGUGUGUUCGAGUGGCUCUUCGAGGACCCCGCACCCAUACAGCACCACCGGUCUAGCUUCAGCCCAUAUCCCUUAGCGGCCAGUUCACGCACCCACCGGGCGACAAAGUCGGAUUCGUACGACUGUAUUUCGCAAUGCUCUGUGAUUCAUCACCAGGUAUCUUUGAUCAAUCAGCAAACACGGGGAUGCAUGAUGGUUGUCCCUUUGCUCCGUUGAAUAUAAAUAUGACGUCUAUUUCCUGCAAAUAAUAUCGACAUCAGGCACUGUCAGUCAGUCAUAUAUACUACAGUUCUUUGCUUCUAUAACCCCGAAGGACUGGCGUUUGUACACCUCAAUUCUUGCCGAUUGUCUCCUCCCACAAUGGCCUCCCACGAGGAAUAUCUCUCAAUUCCUCAGCCGCCGCUCAAAUGGUUCUUCGGGAAUAUUCAAGACAUUGAUCCGGUAAAUACAGUGGGGUCCUUCUGGCGCUUAGCCGACAUCUAUGGCCCAAUCUUCAAACUCUCCUUGCCUGGCCGCACCGUCAUUGUUGUCUCAUCCUACGAACUUGUGAAUGACGUGUGCGACUGGAAUCGGUUUGAAAAACCAGUUAAUGGAGCCCUCAAGGAGGUGCGAGCAUUGACCGGAGAUGGCUUGUUUACAGCUUACCCCGGUGAACAUAAUUGGGGUGUCGCACAUCGGCUCUUGAUGCCUGUCUUUGGCCCGAUGGGCAUUCGUAAGAUGUUUGGUGGAAUGGUGGACAUUGCCUCCCAGAUGCUGCUACGGUGGGAUCGCUUUGGUCCGGAUCAUGAAAUUCUAUGCAGCGAUGAUUUCACGAGGUUGACGUUUGACAUGAUCGGACUUUGCGCGUUUGGGUUUCGCUUUAACAACUUUUAUACCGAUGAAGCGCAUCCCUUCGUAACCCAAAUGACUGAUGUGCUGAUAGAGAGUGGCAGAAGGGCAAACAGACUCGAUAUCGAAAACAGGCUUCGCAUCUUUUCGGCGAAGACGAACCAAGAAAAUGUUGCGGCUAUGCACAAACUUUGCGAUGAGAUCAUUGCUGAUCGACAAGCACACCCUCAACCGGAGCUCAAUGACCUACUGAACCCAAUGCUAAAUGGGAAAGACCCAGAGACAGGCGAGAAAAUGACACUUGAGAACGUCAGGUUCAACAUGGUUACUUUCUUGGUCGCUGGCCACGAGACAACGAGCGGCACCUUAGGCUUUCUCUUCUACCAUCUCCUGAAGAACCCAGACAAGUACAUGGCUGCGCAGAAAGAAGUCGAUGAUGUCCUUGGUGAUGCUCCUCUGGAGAUGAAACACCUCUCCCAACUUAAAUACGUCAAGUACUGUAUCUAUGAGGCGCUUCGGUUCCUAGGUCCAAUCAGUCUCAUCGCUAAGCAUGCAAAGCAUGCAACAAAGCUUGCUGGAAAAUAUGAUAUCACGCCCGAAGAGCACAUCCUUUGCAAUCUUCGACCAUUUCAUCAUGAUCCUAAGAUCUGGGGGGAGGACGCGGAAGAGUAUAAGCCUGAACGGUUCUUGAACGGAGGCUAUGAGGCACUGCCACCUAACGCGUUCAAGGCUUUUGGCGAUGGUCCAAGGGCUUGUAUUGGUCGCGGAUUCGCGGAGCAAGAAAUGGUAAUGGUGGUUGCACUAAUCCUGCAGAAGUUCCAGGUCGAGAUGGCGGAUCCCAGAUACCAGUUCCAUGUUAAAGUUUCUCUCACUCUCAAACCCGCAGAUUUCAAGAUUAAGGUUCGGAGAAGGUUAGGCCGAGACCUUUCAACUAUUGGCGGACCCUUCACUGCGCCAGCGCAAUCGCAAAGCGCAAAGGGAGCUGCUCCAAACGAGGCUCCGAAAGAGCAAAGAAAGGGUAUCACAAUCCUCUAUGGAUCGCAGGCAGGCACCUGCAAAUCAUACGCUGAGGAAUUGGAGGGCAAUGCUCCACGUUUUGGGUUAAAGGCUAAAGUCGAGACUCUCGACUCUGCCACAGAAGCUGUCCCAAAAGACCAACCCGUCAUCAUCAUUGCCUCUUCCUAUGAAGGCAAGCCCGCCGACAACGCAAAGAAAUUUGUUCAGUGGCUCGAAUGCAACUCCUCUUCUAAGAUUCUAGAAGGUGUUAAUUACGCUAUCUUUAGCGUCGGGAAUAGCGAUUGGGCUAAUACCUUCCAUCGUGUUCCUAAGCUUAUCGAUGAGCUGUUCGAAAAGAUGGGUGCUCAAAGACUCACAAAAACCGGUUUCGUUGAUGUCAAAUAUGACAUUAUGGGUCCCUGGGAGGACUGGACUGAAGUAAUGUGGAAAGAUCUUCGAAGUUCAUCUGGGACAAUUGCCGAGAUCAUUGGUGGUAAGCUCAGAGCUGAGAUUACACCGCCCAAGUUCGCAACUCACCUCGGUGGUGCGGACAUUGGUUAUGGUAUCGUCAAAGGCAACAAGGACCUCGGUGGCUCCGAUGUUGGACUGUCAAAGAAGCAUCUGGAGAUUGAGCUCCCAGAGGGUGUCGGCUAUCGGUCAGGCGACUACCUGGUCGUGCUUCCCCUAAAUCCUCUUAACACUACUAAGCGAGUCUUAAGGCGCUUUGAUAUCAGUCCUGACGACAGCAUCACUGUAACGGGAACAAACAAAGCCUUUCUUAGCCCUGAUGAGCCUAUUUCUGUCUUCGAUUUGAUCUCGACCAGGGUCGAACUCGGCACUCCGGCAUCCCAAAAACAGAUCCAAGUCCUCGCAGAGGCAACGCCAGAGGAAAAACGCGCGAAACUAUUGGAACUGGUGAAAGACGAAAUAUACAAGAAAGACGUAUUAUCAAAACGAUUCUCCGUCCUCGACCUCCUAGAAGACAACCCCAGCACGCGGCUUCCUUUUGCCACCUACCUCGACAUGUUGAAGCCGCUCACUCCGCGCCAAUAUUCCAUCUCCUCAUCACCACUAGCGAACGUUGACUUUGUACGGAAACCUGAUGGAAGGUCAGUGCAGAAAUUAAUAGCCUCUGUUACCUACGAUGUCCACAGAGAAGGCGCUUGGUCUGGUCAUGGUCAGUUCCUUGGCGUCGCCUCCACCUAUCUAGCUCUUCAAGAACCAGGCGAUAAAGUUCGCUGCUUCACACGUCCAACUAACGCCAACUUCCACCUUCCUCUCGAUCCCAUGACUCCUAUUAUCAUGGCCGCAGCGGGUACAGGCAUAGCGCCCAUGCGCGGUUUCAUCCAAGAACGCGCUAUCAUCAAACAAGCACGCAACCAAGCGCUCGGUCCCGCCAUCCUAUAUUUCGGUUGCCGACACUAUGAAAAAGACUUUAUCUACUCUGACGAGCUCAGCAAGUGGGAAGCCGAAGGGAUCGUCAGUGUGCGACCCUGUUUCUCUAAAGCCGGGCCAGAGGGCCAUCAGAAAUACGUACCCGAUCGUAUGUGGGAGGAUCGGGAGGAGUUAGCGAAGUUAUUUGGCGAGGCUGGCGCAAAAAUAUUUGUUUGCGGGAGUGCGAGUAAAUUGGCCAAGAGUACGGCGGAGGUGUGUAAGAAGAUUUGGAGGGAGAAGACAGGUGGAAAUGAGCAGGCUGCUUUGGAGUGGCUGGAUCGGGUUAAGGAGAAUAGGUAUGUUAGCGACGUUUUUGAGUAAAAAGGUGGAUUUUGGUAAAGGAUGGAAUAGGAAUGCGAAGAGGUGGAAGAGGGAAAUGUAUACGCCUACUGGUUAAGAAUUUUCUUGCCUGUUAUGGCGUGUCGAGGCAUGUUAAUAGUUAACUAGACCCAACACGAGAAUGUCUAAAAUUUUGGACUGAGGAUUGCAUUCUCUCGACACUCUCUUUAAUUCUAGCAACAAGCUUUU